AGCACACCUUCCAAAUAUCCCCAGCACUGGAUCAAGUUCGCGCACGUAACCCGCAGCAAAAAAAAAAAGAAAAAGAAGCUCAGAACACAUCCCACUGUUACAACAAUGGUGUCGCUCGUCGCCGUCCAGCCGUCGGCCGCCGUGAAGGGCCUGGCCGGCAGUUCCAUGUCCGGCCGCAAGCUCGCCGCCACCGCCCGGCCGUCCUCCCUCUGCCGCUCCACCCGCAGGCCUGCACGAGGCGUCGCGGUGCAGGCGAAGUACGGGGAGAAGAGCGUGUACUUCGACCUGGACGACAUCGGCAACACGACGGGGCAGUGGGACCUGUACGGGUCCGACGCGCCGUCCCCUUACAACGGGCUGCAGAGCAAGUUCUUCCAGACCUUCGCGGCGCCAUUCACCAAGCGCGGCCUGCUGCUCAAGUUCCUGCUCCUCGGCGGCGGGUCCCUGAUCGCCUACCUCGGCGCCACCACGUCGCCGGACCUGCUGCCCAUCAAGAAGGGGCCGCAGCUUCCCCCCACCCCCGGCCCACGCGGCAAGAUCUGAUCUGAUUUGAUUAAAGCUUUGGUUUCAGUUUCUUUCUCUCUCUCUCUCUCUCUGAAUCUGUUCCUGCAUAUGCCUGUGCUUGUGUACCAUGGAUCUGCGUAUCUGGACGUUAAGUCCUUCGUUGUAUGUACUCAUAUGGCGUGCCUAGCUGCACGUACUAUCAGCAACCGGAAGGAUGCUUUUUACUGCUCAUUUGUUCCUGUAAAUUGAUUUACUCAUACGAGUGGUUUUAAUUUCCCAA